AUGGUCCUCAAGUGUCUGAGCGAUCUUGGACUUUGCGGGGAUAAGGAACGGGAAGAACUGGAUGUGGAAAUGCUGACGUUUGAGAAGUUUAUCCGUUUAUAUAACAAAAUUUGUCCGCGCUCAGAAGUUCAGGAACUCUUUGUGAAAUUGAGUGGUCAAAAGGAAUAUCUGACACGAGACAGGUUGACUAAUUUCUUGAAUGAAGAGCAACGUGAUCCACGCUUGAAUGAAAUUCUCUUUCCUUUCUUCGAUAACACUCGGACGCAAGUAUUAAUAAGCAAAUAUGAGCAGGACAACAACUAUAUCGAUAACGGAAAAAUGUCCGGCGACGCGUUUCUUCGCUUUCUGAUGUCGGAUGAGAACUCCCCUGUGUUCCUAGAUCGUAUUGAUAUGUAUCAAGAUAUGGAUCAGCCGCUUUGUCACUAUUACAUUAAUAGAGCUCGAUUGUUGGGACGCGGUAAGCUGGAGAAAAAAGGCAGAAGCACGAUAACUCACCUAUGUGAAAGGCCAUGUGUACUGGACGUUCUUCUCAAGGAUGUUUUGUACCAAAUACGUGAUACUGCGUUCGAACGAUCUGAUUUCCCAGUCAUUUUGUCGUUUGAGAAUCAUUGCUCCAAGUCUAAUCAACUCAAAAUGGCGAAAUAUUGUAUGGAUAUUUUUGGAGAUAUGCUGCUAACCAAACCAUUGGAUGAUUUCCCGCUUGAAGCGGGAGUUCCUCUUCCUUCUCCAAAUCGUUUGCGUCGGAAGAUUCUGAUCAAAAACAAGCGAUUGAAGCCGGAAAUUGAAAAGCAUCAGCUUGAUCAGUUUCUCCGCGAAGGAAAGCUGGACGAAGAGGAUGAGAUCAUUGAGACUCCAGAAGUGGUUGGCGAGGAUUCAGUGUCGCCCCUCGACUGCUGUGAAGAGGAUGAUGGUGAUGAUACAUCCGAUGAAGACGAUCCUUCUGUACAGUCGUCGUCCAAUGUCAGCACCGCCACACCUGGACAUUCAUCUCGACCAUCACUGGAAUCAUCUCAAGUGCAACCUGCCCCUCCACUGCUUGCUCCACUCGAUCGUGCACUCAGUCACAAACUCAUGAUUCGAUCUCCUCGCUUCACCCUACGAGCGAUUUCUAUGAAGGGGCGACAACCGCUAGGUGCGUGUGCGCGGGCAAAGUGCAUGUCGGAUGAGGGUGUGGAGCCAUUUCUCAUUUCCAAACGUUGA